UGUCAUAAAACGCUUAAUAGGGCAAACAAACACUUGAUGAUCAAGACGACAUAAUGGAAAAAGAUGCUGAUAUUUUGGGAAAAUAUCGGUCCAUUUCUAAUAAAUUAAAGAAGAGGUUUUUGAAAAGACCCAAUAUUGCUGAAGGCAGUGAACAAUAUGGUGCAUUAGCCAAAGGCCUUCAACAGCAAGAAUGUCCACAGUAUGCAGCAUUCUGCUAUCUAGCUCAAGCAAGGUGUGAACACUCUCUGGUAAACUCUGCUGGUGAAGCACAAUCACUGCUGGACGCUGCCAGAAAUUUUGUUACUGCAGAGAAUGACAGUGUAGGACUGAAAUGUCCUAGCUUCCAAGAGCAUAUAACAGCAGCCAUCAAUUGUUAUGGACACGCCAUUCGGGUUCAUACAGAAAACAAAAACACCUCGUUAGCUGCAGCUCUGUGUCUUGAGUUGGGAGAUGUGCUACAGAGACUGAACAAGCCUGGUGAAGCUAUGGCCCAUUUCCAGCGUGCUGCAGAACUCCAGUCACAGAGUCCUCUGGAUUGCCUGGUUUCUUUAGGUCAUGUGGCAACCUGCAAGAUUCAAUGUAGGGACUAUGAUGGAGCUUUGGGAGUGUUCACUGAGAUGGCUUACCUGGCCCAGGAAAGUGGAGGUUCUGGCACGACAGGUCAGCCAUUGGGAGCCUACUGUGACAUCAUGGUGAGAUGUGAGAUCACACGGGUACUCCUCCUAAUGGUUCUACAGCCGAGUCCCCAAAGGAUACGACCUGAGCAUGCCCAGACACUGGAGAAGUACGCCUGGGGAACCACUGACGACAACAACACCAACCAUUUAUUGGACGAUGACAUGUUCUUAUUGCUCCAGUCAGUUGUGAUGGCAUGCCAAUCACGGGACAUAGAAGCGCUACACCUGCUGCAGAAGGACAUGUGGCCCAAGCUUUCCCCGGAACAGAACAACCUGCUUCAGUUGGUGAUCACAGAGAUUUCUCAGCCAUCUGGGGAUAGUGCUCUAUAGAUAGAUUGUCAUGCGUUAGACACUGCCAGGCAUUAAGAUUGUCAUGCAUUAGACACUGCCAGGCAUUAACCCUUUGCAUGCUGGGAAAUUUGUUGUCUGCUAAAAUGUCGUCUGCUGAAUUUCAAAAAUUAGCAUUUUCUUCGAUUUUUUUCAAAAAAUACUAUCAGAAUAGCAAACAGUUUGGAUCCUGAUGAGACGCCACGUUCUGUGGGGUCUCAUCUGGAUCCAAACUGUUUGCAAAGGCCUUCAAAAUUCGGUUCCAGCGCUGAAAGGGUUGAGAUUUAAGUGUGUCUGGUAGUUCAGACUUACAAUAUAAUAAGCCUUGUUCUGGGAUAACUGGGCUUGAUUCAUGUGUGUAAAUUGCUCUGGCUUAUCAGGGAAUACACUUUCUGCUUGAACUGGAUUUUCGCUUAAACAAGACUUGCUUCAUACCAAAACUUUCAUUAUAGCAGAAAAUGUUGUCCCUGAUAAGCAUGUGCUGUCUGCACAUUCUAAUCUGGGACAACACUUAAAGCACAUGCAUUAAGCCCUGUUUUUACAGAACGAGGGAUUUAUGUUGCUUUUAAUUUAGACAUGGGUUCUAAGAAAAGGCUUAGUCAAGCUAGCAAGUCGCAGCUCUCUGAUGACUUACAACAAGAUUCUUAUUUUAUUGAACAUUUGAUCAUUAAAGUUGCGAACACCAAAUAUUUGUUUAUACUUGGUGGCCAAUAUAAUUUUACAUGAUUAGCAAAAAGUUUUAUUGCUGAAAGUCAUUAAAUAACAAAUUGUGUUGCGGAUAACAAUACUUGAAGCGACAAAUAAAUUAUAUUGAUCUUAUAGAUACUUUUUUUUCAUUUUCCAAGUGUCUGUCUUUUUUCUGACAUGGUAGACCAUACUGAAUUGUUUGUUUUGGAUGUAAAUUUCCAGGCUCUAAAUUAAAUUUCACGUUUUCAUCAAGUCUUUCUUAGGAUAAAGUUAAACAUUUAAUAAAAAAAACUGCUUGGAAAAAAUACAAUAUUGUUAUCAAAAUGUAUUUGCACUUAUAAUCAGUUGAAUGAUGAAAACAGUGAUUUGAAUGCCAGCUGGACAUGUUUGGGGUGGCAGCAGACCUUAGUAUUAGUUUUUAACCAGGUUUUCCGAAGGAAAGAACUGGUUAUUAGAUUGGCGAUGUCGGCUGGCGGGCGGAACAAGCUCUCCGGGCCAUAACUGUGUCGUUCAUUGUCAGAUUUUAAAAUCAUUUGGCACAUUUGUUAACCAUCAUUAGACGGUGUGUCGCGCGAAAGAAUUACGUCGAUAUCUCCAAGGUCAAGGUCACAAUUUGAGUUUGAAGGUCAAAAAUGGCCAUCAAUGAGCUAGUCGGGGCCAUUACUUUAGUCGUUCAUUGUCAGAUUUUAAAAUCAUUUGGCACAUUUGUUUUCAUUAUUAGACGGCGUGUCACGCGAAAGAAUUACGUCGAUAUCUCCAAGGUCAAUUUCAAUUUGAGUUUGAAGGUCAAAAAUGGCCAUAAAUGAGCUUGUCCGGGCCAUUACUUUGUGAUUCAUUGUGAGAUUUUAAAAUCAUUUGGCACAUUUGUUCACCAUCAUUAGACGGUGUGUUGCGCGAAAGAAUCACGUCGAUAUCUCCAAGGUCAAGGUCACAAUUUGAGUUUUAAGGUCAAAAAUGGCCAUAAAUGAGCUUGUCUGGGCCAUUACUAUGUCAUUCAUUGUGACAUUUUAAAAUCAUUUGGCACAUUUGUUCACCAUUAUUGGACGGUGUGUCACGCAAAAGAAUUACGUCAAUAUCUCCAAGGUCAAGGUCGCCACAACUGAAAAUAGAUUGAUUUUGAAACAACUACAUGUAUGUAACUAUGAACAAUCAGUAACAAUGCACAUUUUGAUUUUGAGUUGUCUCUCUUUAUCAUACUUUUUUUUCGAAUUGAAAUCAAUGUCAAUUUUACAGGGGGGUUAACAAUACACAUUUUGAAUUGUCUCCCUUUAUCAGACUUUUUUUCAACUGAAAACCUGGUUUUGUGACAAUUUUGUCAAUUGUUUUUACAUGGAAUUAAGAAAACAUUUAUGUUUAAUCUUAGUUUUAAAUCUAUUAAAACUAGAUCUUGUAAUGCGUUUCAAUAAAGACAGAGUAUAAAGUCAGUGGGUGUUUUAUUAAAUUUUCCAAGCAUUUUGACUUGUUAUAUUAACAUAUAUAAAUACAUGUACUGUUAUAUCUUUUUCAUAGAAUAACUUAUUAUUGAUGUUCAUGGUGAUUUUUUAAAGGGUCGGACAUUAACAUUAUUGCUGUUGUUUUUUUUCCUUCUUACUCCUUAUGUGGACUUUUUUCUCACCAGACUUCAAGUAUAACAAAAUAAACAAUCUCGCCUUUAUGUGUAAUCUAAAUCCAGGAAUGUCACUUGUAUGUGCAAUAUUAACAAGCCAAUAUAGAAAACGUUUGUUAUUGUAAACUUUGUUUUUGUUUUCUGUUAUGAGUAAAAUAUAUUUAUUUAGCUCUUUGCCCAUAUGACCAUGUACAUGAUAUUGAAUAAAAUGUUUGUUGUAUAAUAAAAGUACAUGUAGA